AUGCGCGCUAAUUUCGACUCGAGGAAGUGUGUUAAAGAGGCAACUUCGGUGGCGGUGACGACUUCGUUGUUUCUUCCCGCUCACAGAGUUUUGAAUCAUCGAGAGUCUUGAAGGAAAUGUCGGCGUUUGAUGACAACCCCUUCGCCGAGUCGGCUGGCGUCAACCCUUUUAAUGACCCGGCCGUCACACAGGUGACAAACUCCACCGUAGAGUCUGUUGACCAGUACAACCCUUUCCCUGCCACAGAGAACCUUGCUAGUCAGACCACUCCAGCCUCCAGCUCCCCCUACCAACCUGCAGUACUGCAGCCGUCCUCAGAGCCCACACCGCAGGCGACCGCCACUGCAGCGCAGGCCAACCUUCUGAGGCAGCAGGAGGAGCUGGAGAGGAAAGCUGCCGAGCUGGACCGCAGAGAGCAGGAGCUCCAGGGCCGAAGCUCCACAGGUAAAGAAAACAACUGGCCUCCGCUGCCCAAGAGCUUCCCGAUCAAGCCGUGUUUCUAUCAGGACUUUUCCGAGGAGAUCCCCACCGAGUACCAGAGGGUGUGCAAGAUGAUGUACUACCUAUGGAUGUUCAACUGCGUGACGCUCUUCCUGAACAUGCUGGCGUGUCUCGCCUACUUCACCACGUCGUCUACCUACGGGGUGGACUUCGGCCUCUCCAUCCUCUGGCUCAUCCUCUUUGCGCCCUGUUCCUUCCUCUGCUGGUACCGGCCCGUCUACAAAGCCUUCAAGACCGACAGCUCCUUCAGCUUUUUCUUCUUCUUCUUCGUCUUCUUCUGCCAAGUGGUCAUCUUCAUCAUCCAGGCGGUGGGCAUCCCCCGGUGGGGCAACAGCGGUUGGAUCGCCGCCUUCUCCGUCAUCAAGUUAUCCAAAGCGGUGUGCGCCAUCAUGUUCAUUGUGGCCAUCCUCUUCACCAUCUGCGCCGUCAUGUCCAUCAUUCUCCUCAAGAUGGUCCACGGCAUGUACCGCCGCACCGGGGCCAGCUUCCACAAGGCCCAGCAGGAGUUCUCGCAGGGAAUCUUCACCAACAAAACCUUCCAAAGCGCCGCCGCCGGCGCGGCGUCAUCCGCCGCGCAGGGGGCUUUCCAGGCUAAUAACUAGCUAGCGAUAGGCUAACCGUUCAGGUCAAGGUCUUCAUCUUAUCUGGUUGGGGUUAAAGCGGGCAGGUUUGUGUCCAAGCUUAUAAUGUGUGGACCUUGAGCAAGGUGAGGCUGCACUCAUACUAACACCCACCAUCGCGCUGCCAGAUGACAUCAUCUGGAGGGGGGGGCGGGAACCACAGCGGGUGCAUUGUGGGUGGAGCGUGAGAGACGGCGACUGAUGUCUUCAUUUCACUUCGUCUUGGCUUUGUAUGUUUUGUGUGCACUUUUUGGCAACGCUCGGCAGUGUAAAUUGUGCUUGGCAUUUUUUUUUUUUUUUUUUCUCUCUCAGCGUCCAUUGUGACAUUUUUUUUUCUUCUUCUUUGUGGGUCAUUUUUUGGCAAUUUAACAUUUAGUUUUUGUUGAAUCCUAGCAAACAUGCUCUCAAUUGCUGCACGUGUACCUAUCCGGGGAGAAAGUAAUAUUCCGGAGCCAAACUAUUCAAACAGCACGUUUCCUCAAGUAGUGUCUGUCCUCUUAGUUGCCAUGUGUAUCAUUCACAAGGGGGUGGGGGGGGCUGCCUCACUCACUCACUAAAUCAAAUGUAAAUAUAAAAACUAAUAACUGGAACCAUGCUGGGGAAAGAAAGAGAAAUAAAAUGUUGACUUUAUUCUUGAAAUUAUGACUUUUCUCUAUCAGAAACGAUUAUUUUUUGAGGGGGUACUUCUAUCUUCAUACAGCCCAAUUUCUUUUGUUUUCAGACCUAACAUGAAGUUUACAAAAAUGCACAUAUUGUCGCUGCUGCUGCUGAGCUUUGGGAGGGAGAAGGAAAGAGAGAAAAAAAACCCUUUGUGUAGCUGUGAUCGAGGACUUGUUGCUGUCCAAUGACAGUAGCACCAUCUAAGAAGAAUACACACCUCCUUCACA